AAGAAAUGAGAAGAAUACCUGUACCUCCUCAUAGAUUAACUCCUUUAAGAAAUUCUUGGGAAAAAAUAGUGACAACUAUAGUUGAAAAUAUGAAAUUAUAAAUUAGAAUGAAUACAAAAAAAAAUGUGUAGAAAUAAAAUCUUCUGAACAUACAAAUGAAAAUAUAUCAAUAUAGCGCUCUGCUGAUUUUUUAAAGGCUUUUAUGCUCGGAUUUGAUUUAAAUGAUUCCAUUGCUUUAUUAAGAUUAGAUGAUUUAUAUAUUGAAUCAUUUGAAGUUAAAGAUGUUAAGACUCUUUAAGGAGACAAUCUUUCAAGAGCAAUUGGCAGAAUUACCGGUGAAAAAGGAAAAACUAAAUAUGCUAUUGAAAAUGCUUCUAGAACUAGAAUUGUUGUUGCUGAUAAAAAAAUACAUAUUUUAGGAUCAUUUAGUAAUAUAAAAUGUGCUAGAGAAGCUAUAUGCUCUCUUAUUUUGGGUAGUCCUCCUGGAAAAGUUUAUUCAUAACUUAAAUCUAUUUCAAAAAGAUAUUUAGAAAAGUUUUGA